AUGUGGAGGCGGAAAAAGAGGCGAAUCAUCAUCCAGAGUGCAAGGGUCCUCGUCGGCAUGUUCCAGAGCAGAUUUGAGGAGCUCACCAGCAACGACUUCAUCACCCACCUCGCAGAGCAGCAGGCGUUGCGGGAAGUGGAGAUGAAGAAGCAUCAUUUGCAGGUGCAAGAUGUGAACCAGUCGCUGGCCGAAGUGCAGAAGAUGCUCCAGAUGAGCUAUGCGCAAGAGAAGGUGCUGAAAGAUCGCAUCCGCGAGCUGGAAUCCAGUCAAGGGCGGACUCAUGUGGCAGGUGACUACCUGAAGCACGUGGUCCUGAAGUACAUCGAGUACUGCCAGAAGGGCGACAUGAAGUCUCAGUCCCUGGUCCCAGUGCUGUCCACGCUGCUGAAUCUGAACUCCCAGGAGCGGAAGCUGGUAGAGCAUAGCUCGGUUCCUUCGCCGCUCUUGCACAUCAACCAGGCAGCGGGUGCUGCAGGUGCGUGGUUUCGGCCCGGUGAGUGA